AUGGCAAAGGCCGAGACUGAACACCACGAGCCCUCCAAGGGUCACGAUCUGCUGGGGCGAGCUAUCCAGCAGCAGGAACAUAACCGGACAUGGGGACAGAGUCUACGUAAAGACCCAUGGCUCCUGUUCUGGAUUGGCGUGAUGCUCUGGACCUUGAUUGUGCGAGGCUUCGAAGCUGGCGCAUCAGGCGACGUCCUCAGUAUUCCCACCUUUAGAAAGAGAUUCGGCGUUGCCAUGGACGGUAGCUACUUCAUUGCAACAAACUGGCAGUCGGCCAUUAGCGGCGGCCCUAACGCGGCUGCCAUUGCCGGUGCCUGGGGUGCCUCCUUUCUGUCCGACAGAUAUGGCACUAAGCCCAUCAUCUUGCUGGCUGCCGUGAUCAACCUUGCUUCGGUGGGUGUCGAGUUUGGAGCCACAUCCCUUGCCAUGUUCUUCGGAGGCAAGAUGAUGAACUUUUUGGCAAUCGGUGCCCUUCUCAACCUUUGCACCGCCUACGUCGCCGAGGUUUCCCCUCUAGCUAUCCGAGCCAGCGCUAUCGGCUUCUGCAACCUGUCUCAGUGCAUUGGGCCGUUCCUCCUGGCAAUCAUGUCCUACUUUACCUCCAAGUGGGACAAUGACUGGGCCUGGAAAUCGCUUGUGGCUGCGCAAUGGGGCUUUACCGGCGUGGCUCUUGUCGGCCAGAUCUUCAUGCCAGAGUCACCCGUGUAUCUGGUUCGCAUGGGCAAGAUGGGAGCCGCCCAGAAAUCUCUCGAGCGUCUCUACUCGGAUCCGCAAGAUGCCAAGGGCCAUCUCCACCGCAUCCAGCUCACUCUCGAAGAAGCGGAGCUGUCCAACACGGGAUCAUACCUCGACUGCUUCAAGGGGACAAACCUACGUCGAACCUUGAUUGCAGUCAUGGUGUUUCUCUCAGAGCCCAUGUCGGGCCUGGGAUUUGUUGGCAGCUACGGCGCUCUGAUGUACCAGUUUCUGGGCAUCUCGGACAGCAAGGCCUUCGAGUUGAAGAUUGGGGCACAAGUUCUCUCCAUGAGCGGCGCCAUGAUCGCGUUUCUCUUGUCCGAUUGGUGGGGCCGUCGCCCCAUGUACAUAAUGGGCUGUUCUUCGCUCUGUGUUCUCAUGCUCUGCAUGGCGAUAUCGGGCUCGUUUGACACAAAAGCUGCCAUCACGGCCUCGGUGGGAUUUUACACCAUGUUCAACUUCCUCUACAAUGUAGGCGUUGGAUCUACCGUGUACGCGCUGGCAGGCGAGCUCCCCACCUCGGUUCUAAGGGCCAAGACACUUGCCAUUUCCAUCUCGACUUCUUCGGCAUUCAACACCAUGUGGUCCUUCGUGGCCCCAUACUUGUUCAACUCGGAUUACGCCAACCUCAAGGCCAAGAUCGGGUACGUGUUUGGCGCAUUCAUGCUUAUUUUUGCUGUUCUCGCCUUUCUAUACGUCCCUGAGACGCGGAGAAGGACCUACGAGGAGCUGGAUGAACUGUUCAUGAAGAAAGUGCCUACCCGUCAAUUCCGCACGUACGUUACUGUGGCUGAACAGCGAGCGGCGGAGGCCUAUGCUGCGCAGGAGAAGACGGUUGGCGAGCAGAAAGUGUGA